GCCUCUCUGUUUUCACAGCAGUCAGAUACAGGGGAAGAGGUGCUGAGAAUGUGCGUGGCAGUACGGAAGAAGCUACAACUUUAUUUUUGGAAGGAUAGAGAGUUCCAUGAACUGCAGGGAGACUUCAGUGUACCUGAUGUACCCAAGUCUAUGGCCUGGUGUGAGAACUCCAUCUGUGUAGGCUUCAAGAGGGACUAUUACCUGAUACGGGUGGAUGGAAAAGGAUCCAUCAAAGAACUGUUUCCCACGGGGAAGCAGCUGGAACCGUUGGUAGCUCCUGUAGCAGAUGGAAAAGUUGCGGUUGGCCAAGAUGAUCUGACGGUUGUGCUCAAUGAAGAGGGGGUCUGCACUCAGAAAUGUGCCUUGAAUUGGACAGAUAUUCCUAUAGCCAUGGAACACCAGCCUCCCUACAUCAUUGCUGUUCUGCCAAGGUACGUGGAGAUCCGCACUUUUGAACCCCGGCUGCUGGUACAGAGCAUUGAGCUGCAGAGACCACGCUUCAUCACCUCUGGAGGCACAAAUAUUAUAUAUGUGGCAAGUAAUCACUUUGUUUGGCGGCUCAUCCCGGUGUCCAUAGCCACACAGAUUCAGCAGCUCCUGCAGGACAAGCAGUUUGAGUUGGCUUUGCAGUUGGCAGAAAUGAAAGAUGAUUCAGAUAGUGAGAAACGGCAACAAAUUCAUCACAUAAAGAACCUCUUUGCCUUCAACCUCUUCUGCCAGAAGCGCUUUGAUGAAUCCAUGCAAGUUUUUGCCAAGCUUGGUACAGAUCCCACUCAUGUGAUGGGUCUGUAUCCUGACCUCCUGCCCACAGAUUACAGGAAGCAGCUACAGUAUCCCAACCCCCUGCCAGGGCUCUCUGGGGCAGAGCUGGAGAAGGCACAUUUAGCUCUCAUAGACUACCUAACUCAAAAAAGAAGUCAGCUGGUGAAGAAGCUAAAUGAUUCUGACCAUCAGUCCAGUACCUCACCCCUCAUGGAAGGAACACCAACGAUCAAAUCCAAAAAGAAGCUGCUACAAAUCAUUGAUACCACUCUGUUAAAGUGUUACCUCCAUACAAAUGUAGCACUGGUGGCACCAUUGCUACGUCUGGAAAACAAUCACUGCCAUAUUGAGGAGAGUGAGCACGUAUUAAAGAAGGCACACAAAUAUAGUGAGCUGAUAAUACUGUAUGAGAAGAAAGGUUUGCAUGAGAAAGCAUUACAGGUACUGGUGGAUCAGUCAAAGAAAGCCAACUCCCCUUUGAAGGGUCAUGAGAGGACAGUGCAAUAUUUGCAGCAUUUGGGCACAGAGAACUUGCACUUGGUGUUUUCCUACUCGGUCUGGGUGCUAAGAGAUUUUCCUGAAGAUGGACUGAAGAUAUUUACAGAAGACCUCCCUGAAGUGGAAGCUUUGCCACGAGACAAAGUGCUCAGUUUCUUGAUAGAAAAUUUUAAAAGCUUGACUAUUCCUUACCUGGAACACAUAAUUCAUGUCUGGGAAGAAACUGGUGCAGACUUCCAUAACUGCCUGAUCCAGCUGUACUGUGAGAAAGUGCAGGGCUUAAUGAAAGAAUAUCUCAAUUCUUUCCCUGCAGAUAAAACUCCGGUGCCUGCUGGGGAGGAAGGAGGAGACUUGGGGGAUUACCGGAAAAAGCUUCUACUUUUUCUGGAGAAGUCUAGCUGGUAUGAACCUAGUCGACUAAUUAGCGACUUCCCCUUUGAUGGUCUCCUAGAAGAACGUGCUCUGCUCUUGGGUCGCAUGGGGAAGCAUGAGCAAGCUCUGUUUAUUUAUGUUCAUAUUUUGAAGGACACCAACAUGGCUGAAAACUACUGCCAUAAACAUUAUGACAGAAACAAAGAUGGCAACAAAGAUGUCUAUCUGUCACUGCUCCGGAUGUAUCUCUCCCCACCUAGUGUUCAUUGCCUGGGACCAAUCAAGAUGGAAGUGCUGGAGCCUCAAGCCAAUCUGCAGGCUGCUCUGCAGGUUUUGGAGCUACAUCACAGCAAACUGGAUACCACCAAGGCGAUAAACCUACUCCCAGCAAAUACACAGAUUAGUGAGAUUCGAAUCUUCUUAGAGAAAGUCCUUGAAGAAAAUGCUCAGAAGAAAAGAUUUAAUCAAGUACUCAAGAAUCUUCUCCAUGCAGAGUUUCUGAGGGUCCAGGAGGAGCGGAUCUUGCAUCAACAAGUGAAGUGUAUUAUUACAGAGGAGAAGGUGUGCACUGUAUGUAAAAAGAAGAUAGGUAACAGUGCAUUUGCUCGAUACCCCAAUGCAAUAGUUGUGCAUUAUUUCUGCUCGAAAGAAGUCAACACAUUGGACACCUGACCUUCUCAUGGUCAAUAAUCCCAACAUUCACAUGAAAUUCAGAACUGAUGAAGCUGAAGUUGAUGCCUCUGAGAUUUUUGAGGCUUGUUGCUAGGUUCACUUAUACUGGGUAGAAGUCAUAUGUAUCUGUGGACUGACUGUACCCAUCUGGCAAUAUUGAUUUACUAGAAAAUGACUUUGACCGUGUUGUUACAGUGCUGGCAACUACACUAAACCUCUCGGUACUCAGAUGAAGAAUAGAAACUGAUUUUUGUAGCGAGUUUUGUAUUGCACUCCAAC